AUGUCUCCAACUGAAAUUCAUCAAUUUGGUCCUAUUACUGCUCAUGCUUUUAACAAGGACAGAACACAGGUUGCAAUAUGUCCCAACAAUAACGAGGUUCAAAUAUAUGCGAAAAGUGGUGCAGGUUGGAAUUUGCUGCAUACUCUCAUAGAGCACGACAAGCUUGUCACUAGUAUCGACUGGGCACCAGAAUCGAACAGAAUCGAUCGUAAUGCAUAUGUAUGGAACCUUGAUUCCGAUUCUGGAAUCUGGAAACCCACGCUCGUACUGCUUAAAAUUAAUCGGGCAGCUACUUUUGUUAGAUGGUCACCCAAGGAAAAUAAAUUUGCAGUGGCCUCCGGUGCUAGAUGUAUUGCCGUUUGCUAUUUCGAAGAGUCUGAUGAUUGGUGGAUCAGUAAAUUGUUAAAGAAACCGAUUAGGAGCACAGUGUUGAGUCUUGAUUGGCACCCGAAUAAUGUUCUGUUGGCUGCUGGAAGUGCUGAUUUUAAGGCACGUGUCUUCUCUGCCUAUAUUAAAGGAGUUGAUCAAAAACCACCAUCUUCAGUGUGGGGUGACAAAUUACCAUUUAAUACAGUGUGUGGUGAAUUUACAAAUGGAAACGGUGGUUGGAUUCAUAGUGUUGCGUUCUCCCCCAGUGGUGAUGCGUUGGCUUUUACUGGACAUGACUCUCAAAUUAGUAUCGUUUAUCCUGGCAGUUCUUCUCUAAAGGAUAUAAAAGUAGCCACGUUGCCUUAUUUGAGUUUGCUUUGGAUAACGGAAAAUAAGAUUAUUGCAACUGGAUAUGAUUGUGCGCCAGUAUUAUUUGAGACUCGUGAUGGGCAAAAUUGGAAAUUCUCCAAAGUUAUUGAUGCCGGAAAAAAAAGAGUUGUUGGUGAAACGACAGCAUUAACCAGAUUCAAACAGAUGGACGCGUUGGGUAUUAACACGGAUACUAGUGGUGCUAAUGACACAGAUUUGAACACUAUUCAUCAGAAUACUAUUAC